GGGCCGCCUCUGGAGGGCGACUUGGCGCCGCCUCUGGAGGGCGACUUGGCGCCGCCUCUGGAGGGCGACUUGGCGCCGCCUCUGGAGGGCGACUUGGCGCCCCCUCUGGAGGGCGACUUGGCGCCGCCUCUGGAGGGCGACUUGGCGCCCCCUCUGGAGGGCGACUUGGCGCCG